AUGGCUUCCGCUCCACCAUUGGACUAUGAUACAAUCAGAGGAUCCUCGCUUAUAAUACCGGCAGUCACGAUUGGUAAUAUUCCACAACUAGCCACUGAUCUUUUGUUGCACAAUCUAGGUUUCGCCAAAGUGGCGGCGUUGCCAGACCAUUUCUUAUAUCCAUAUGUUUCUGGAAUCGACCACUUGCCUCUGGAAAAACUUCCUCGGGGGAUCCUGCUUGCUCUUGAGGUUUUCUACAGCGAGAAAUACAAGGUGACGCUUCUUCAGCAAAGAUCACCAAUCAUUGCGGGCAUGUCCAAACAGCACAUUCAACAGAUUCUUCUUCCGUUCAUUGCUGAAGCACUGUUCACAAAGAUUAUGGUCUUGGCGCUGGCAGAUGCUGGCUUGGAGGAGAAAAGAGCAACAAUGCGUUUGUUUUCCGACUCGGCCAUUGAAGAAAUGAUCACAUGGAUGCAGAUUUCGCCACGGGCAGAACCGGACUACUUACGACUGGAACUGCUCGAUUCUUUACCCAAAGACUUGGAUAAGUACACGGAAGAACUCAUAAGCAAGAUACAGCCAGAAUUAGAAGAUGGAACAAAAAAACCUUCUAUUGCCGCUAGUGUUCUCGUGUCAUAUGUGUACGAAGGUGAUAAUACUCAAGAUGCGUUUUCCAUGGCGUCUGCAGCAGCAAAAGUGUUUGGCAUUGGUUCAGCCGAAUGGAAAAUUCCAGUCAGCUGGAUGGGUGUCUAUGGAGAUCGUCCGAUUCCAGUGGCACUUGAAGAAGGUUUGUAUGGCUGA